AUGAAUAAUAAUAGUAAUAGUAGUAAUGAUGAUGAUAGAUGUUACAUUGAAUAUAGAAAGAUACCAACUAUACUAUUACUUCAAAUUAUUGGAUACUUGGACAACAUUGAUUUAAUAUGUUUGCUGUUGACUUGUAGAUCAUACUAUUAUGAUUUGAAAGAUCAGUAUUCAUCUUCUAUUACCUUUAAAGGUUUAGAUAGAAUACAACAAUUGCAACAAAGAUACUCUGGUAUUAAAAGUUUGUUUAUUCAUUCAAAAGGACCUUAUCAACUCAAUGGGUUUACUAGUCUCUACCGAAAUGCUAUUAGUGAUCAGUUGAUGGUUGGAAGAGAUUUUGGAACUGUUGAGAGUAUUAAUCGAGUUGGAUCGGUUCGUCAAAUCAUACCAACAGAUACUACUUCAACGAUUACAACAAUGAUGAUUGGUACAAUGGUAGGCAUUACCGCUUUCGAUCAAGUGAUUAGUUUGCCACCAACCAUCACACGUCUGUACAUUCGUAAUGUCAUUCAACCUCUUGUCACUGCCUAUUUGGGUCUACCCAAUUUAAAAGAACUCUAUCUUGCUGGGUACCAUCCACCAGAUAUCAUAACUAUACCCGAUAGUGUAAAGUAUCUUAGGAUUAGAUACCAAGAUACUUUUAAAGAGUUGGUUGUUCAUCAAGGUAACCUUGAAACACUGGUUUUAAUAUGUACCGAUGGUCAUCUAGACAAGAUUCAAGGGUUAUCAAGUAGUUGUAUUAAAACAAUGAAUCUAUCUUGUAAGACGUAUGGUCUCACCUCGACAACAACACCGAGUGUACUACCAUGUACAUUGACAUCACUCAAUAUUAAGGUUGGUGAACCUUUACCAGACACCUUUGUAUUCCCACCAAUGUUAGUGUCACUAACAUACGCACCUGCUUGGAAUGCCACCACCUAUCCACUCAAUAUUCAAAAUUUGGUAAAUUUAGAGAGACUGGUUCUGACCGUCCCCGACAGGUUCAAUAGAACUGGAUUUGAAAUUACCUUUCCACCAAUCAAUCACAGCCAACUCAAUUAUAUCGAUGUCAGAAACACAACAACUAAAUUACCAUUAAAAUAUUUAAAUACAUCUUGUCUCGAAUCAUUACUUGUUCAACAUAUUUCUCAAAUACAGUAUGACAAUGAUAAUGAUGAGACAACAACAACAACAAAAUUAAAUAUUUUACCAAAUCUAAAGAGAUUCAAAGGUCAAGCAGAUUACUAUCAUCAAAUAGCAACACUUUCAAAUAAUCUACAAAUACUGUCAAUACACUAUAAAUGUCACAUGGAAUUCCCAAAAGGUUCAUUUCCACAACUCAAAAGAUUGUGUCUUAAUGGGAUUUUAACAUCUUUUAAAUUUAAAACACCUCGUUGCCAACAUGACCUUCAUAAAGAGUUCCCUCCCAACUUGACAUCCAUCGAUUAUAUCAAACUAUCAGCAUACUCGGAUAACGAUAUUCUUUAUAUUCCAUCAUCUCUUGAAUCAUUGGCAAUUAAAGCUUAUCAAAAAAAUGGUAUAAAUGAUUUAUAUACACUUCCUCAAAUUCAAAUUAUAAAUAAUCAAAAUAAUAAUCAGAAUAAUAAUAGUUUGGAUAAUAAUAAUCAAUAUUAUCUACCACCAAGUUUAAAAAGAUUAAUUGUCAACCUAGGAACAUCAGAUGUUACAUCAUUCAAAUUGAGUGAAAUCAUCAAUCGAUCAAAUGUAGAAUCUUUAAAAUUAUUUGGAAAUGCUCAUUCAGAUCAGAAAUACGAAUUAGAACUUUCUAUUAAAAGAUUGGGUGACGAUAAAUAUUUAGAGAGAAACGGUCCAAACAAUGUAACAAUCUUUCAAGGUCUCUACGAUGGUGGUUCAUCACAUUCAAGAAAAUAA